UACCACAAGAUUCCUUCAUGUUGCCUUUAUAGCCUUACCCACCAUCCCUGGUAUAACCCCUGACAACCACUAUUCUGUUCUCCAUUUCUAUAGUUUUGUCAUUUCAAGAAUGUUCUGUAAAUGUAAUCCUACAAUAGGUAACCUUUUAGUCUUUGGCUCAGCAUAAUUCUUUCUUGAUUCAUCCAAGUUGUUGCAUGUGUCAGUAGUUCAUUCCUUUUUGUUACUGAUUAGUAUUCCUUGGUAUGGAUGCAGCACAUAAAGGCUCUUUAAGAACAUCGUUCACUUAACUCGCCCCUCUUUCAUCUUUCUUCUCUCUUCCCCUGUCUUCCCAGCAAUGCCGAGUGAGUAUCCCUGUGCAAAACUGAGAAGCGAAUGCUCGAGACCCUCCCUGCAAUGGUAUACCCGAGCUCAGAGCAAGAUGCGAAGACCCAACUUGUUGUUAAAAGACAUUUUCAAGUGUAUAUUGCUUGUGUUUGGAGUGUGGAUCCUUUAUAUCCUCAAGUUAAAUUAUACUACUGAAGAAUGUGAUAUGAAAAAAAUGCAUUAUGUGGACCCCGACCGCAUAAAGAGAGCUCAGAGGUACGCGCAGCAAGUCUUGCAAAAGGAGUGCCGACCCCGGUUUGCCAAGAAGGCCAUGGCGCAGCUGUUCGGGCACAGGUACAGCUCGGACUUGCUGCCCUUCCUGAAGAAGACCCCCAGGGUGAACGAGGCCGAGUACCAGUACGACCCCCCUUUCGGCUUCCGCAAGUUCCCCGGUGAAGUCCAGAGCCUCCUGGAGCUGCUGCCUGAGCACGACCUGCCUGCGCACCUGAAGGCCAAGAGCUGCAGGCGGUGCGUGGUCAUCGGAAGCGGCGGGAUACUCCAUGGGCUAGCGCUGGGCCCCGUCCUCAACCAGUUCGAUGUGGUGAUAAGGUUAAACAAUGCACCAGUUGAGGGAUAUUCAGAGCAUGUUGGAAAUAAAACUACUAUAAGGAUGACUUAUCCAGAGGGUGCUCCACUGUCUGACUUCGAAUAUUAUUCCAAUGACUUGUUUGUUGCUGUUUUAUUUAAGAGUGUUGACUUCAACUGGCUUCAAGCAAUGGUAAAAAACGAAACCCUGCCGUUUUGGGUACGACUCUUCUUUUGGAAGCAGGUGGCAGAAAAAAUUCCAUUACAGCCAAAACAUUUCAGGAUUUUGAAUCCGGUUAUUAUCAAAGAGACUGCCUUUGACAUCCUUCAAUAUUCAGAGCCUCAGUCAAGGUUCUGGGGCCGAGAUAAGAACAUCCCCACGAUUGGUGUCAUUGCUGUUGUCUUAGCCACACAUCUCUGUGAUGAAGUCAGUUUGGCAGGCUUUGGAUAUAACCUCAAACAACCCCAAACACCGUUGCAUUACUUUGACAAUCUCUGCAUGGCUGCCAUGAACUUUCAGACCAUGCAUAACGUGAAGAUGGAGACCGAGCUGCUCCUAAAGUUGGUCAAAGAGGGUGUGGUCAAGGACCUCAGCGGAGGCAUCUACUGCGAGUUUUGAACACAGAAAACCUCACUGGAAAUGCACCUCUGACUCUGAGGGCCAGUUUCCAUGGCCUUCUUGAAGUAUUUCAUCCUGCAAUUACUUUGAAGUGCAGCUGGUGUUUUUAACUUUUAAUUUAAAAGACGAAAAACAGUCUUGUUCUUCCCACUCCCCCCCCCUUAUUUAUUUGAGGUGUUUUUGCACAAAAUUUUGUAAAUGAAUCUUGGGAAUUGAAUUGGAAAGACUUUUCUAAGAGAAUUGUGUGUAAUGAUGUUUCGUUGUAUUUUUAGACAGUUAUUUGAUUUGUAAGGACCCUGCCCAUGUCUAGCGCACAUAGAAUAGCAGGUAGUUAAGUGGAAGGAGAGGGGAGGCCAGUAGUUUAAGGAGGGCCCUGAAUGCCUGAUUCUAGGCCUUGCUGCUCUGUGUAGCGGGAGAGAUGGAGCCACUGUCAGGAUGACGUGCUCAGGAGCUAAACCACUUUCUGGCCUGGCCACGCUGCAGUGUGAGGCUGGGCUGGUCGGAGAAGUUCACAGUUCCUCUCUGUUGGUCUGCUUCCUGCCAGGAGGCCUGCAGGAACCAACCAGAGGAUCUGUCCUAAAGGUCCCUGGUCAGGCCGGGAAGUGACACAAGACAUUUCCUGUGUCUUCCCAGCACCGUGAACCUGCUCUGGGCCGCAGUGUACAUUAUUUUCCCCGCAAUUAUCGCAACUUUGCAUUUCUUGGGAGUUUCUAACUGCCCUUCCAAAGCACUUAAAUGUUAAUCUAAGAUGUUUCACUGUCCAUCCUAGGUGGCUUAUACAAAUUAGGGCAAAACCUCUGUCAUCCAGAGUCGUGGAAAAAUAAGCCCUUUCCAAGAAUAACCACGUUUUCGGAAACACUGAAAUGAAAUUUUCCCAGUAUUAUAAAUUGCCUAUUGUAAAAAUUAUUUUUUGAAUGCCUGACUGGCAGUAUGUACCAGGCAGUGUGCUGGCCAAGAAAAAAACAAAACGUUUUUGAGGAGCUCUCACAGUAUAGUUAAUUGAGUGCAGUGCUUUAAAAAAAAAAAAAAAAAAGUCUACCUGAGAUAUCCUUUUUGGAUGCUGCUAGAUGGGGACCUCACUGUGGAUGCCAGCAGUGAGGGACCGAGGAUGAAGGCUGCCUUGUCCUACGAGGGGUCCCAGGCAGCUGCAAACCCGUCUGGAGAGGGCGGUCGGUGGCAGCUUCUUCCCGGAGAACAGGCUUGUGCAGCUCUCAUCUCUGAAUUGCUCCAGCCUUUAAAGUGAGAGACCCGCUGGGUCUCUGUCCUCCCUCCUCGCUCCUGCUGCCGCCUCGCCCUCAGCCCGCGCCUCUCCACCUGCUUCUGCAGCUCCCGUGCGGCUGGCACCCCGCGCCCACUCUGAUGUCGUCUGUGUCUGCCGCCCCCUGGACGUACGCAGGCCGGGGAGCCGGGCCGUGGCGUUCCCACAGAGUCCCCUGGGUCUCCGGGGCUCUGGGCCAUGCUCCGAUUAGCGGGUGUAACCAAAUGAUAUUUUUCUGGUUCUCUGUCUUACAGUUUUCCGUGGAUUUUACUGUUUAGAGAAGAUGCUUUAGAAUUCUCCCCAGUUAAGUGGAUUAAGGUUUGAAGGUUGAGACGCGGGAAGAUGGUCCGCAGCCGUCUUGUGGCUCAGGCGCGGGCAGGCCUAGACCACACACCUCCAGUCCCUCAUCCUUCAGGGGCUAGUUAAAGCCUGAUUUUUUUUUCUCUUAAGCCAGGGCUUGUAACUUCCUCAGACAACUUUCCCAGUGUUGUGAGCGCCGCCUCACGGGUACGUGUGGAUGUGUGUCCUUGCAAGGUUGCUGAGAAGUGUGUAGCUCAGUGCCCAGCAAACGUCACACCUGGUCCGUCCCACCCUCCUCAUCAAUAUGUCCCUUUCUGCACCCUCAGCUUUCAGUUGCCAGCAGGCAGUAGGUGCCCUAAAGGAGUAAAAAGAUGUAUUUUUUAGACCUUUUAUGGAGUCCCCCAGCCAACUGGAGUUGAUCAGAGGCCGCUCCAGGGACGUUAGCACUUUGGCUGUUGCUUGUUGCUUCUGGGCUGCCCCUUCCUUACCCCCCCCCUCACUUUUCUGGAAACAGACCUCUAGGUGCUGCAGGUGUCACCAGGUUGAUCUCUAGUAACUCAGGUUUCGCCAUCACUCUUCCAACUUCCCACAGCUUUGCAGGCGCACACGCAUCCCUCUCGCAUGGGUUUUGAGGCAACUUAGGACCAUUUACACGUUCUGUGUAUUUUAACAUACUUAUUACUGGAACUUGGAGCCACAGAAAAUAUCAGUGAACUUUACUGUGUGUUUUUGUCUCUAUUUUUAUUUUUUGUUUUUUGGUUUGUUUUCUUUCUACAGAAAGCAUGUUCUCUCCAGACCUAGUGGGCCUUAGAGAAAUGCUGUGGCACUGGGAUGGUACCACCCAAUGACAUACCUCAUGUUUUUAGGCAAACACUAAAUUGGGAUCUGGACAAGGUCGUGUAUUCUAGGUGCUACCUUGCCUGCUUCAUUGUUCCUUUUGUGUCACACUGAUUUUUUUUUCAUUUCCCAAGAAUAUAUUAAUAAGCAUAGACAAUGCCUGUUUCCACAGAACUGGGGGGUUGAGGAGGCAGCUCAUCUGUUGGACCCAUAGGUUAAGUUGUCAAACCAGCUUUUUGACUGGACCGCUCGUGUUGACAGUCCUGUUUGUGGGGUAGACGGGGGCUUCAUUGUAAAAGAAAAAGCAGUGGUCACACCUGGUCUCCCCGGGUUAUUAAAGAUUUCUAAAACCAAGGACCACCUUGUCUUAGCUACAUUCUAACUCCAGCGCGUUGGGACUUGAUAUGAGAGGGACUGUCGAAUUCGCCUUAUUGUCUCGAGAAACUUUCAGAUCAGCAUUGUAGGUUGAUUGCGAAACGGUGACUUAGUCUCCUCCCUGGCAGGUUUACAGCACCCGAUUGUGGGUUAUUUCUCACCUUUUCUUGGGGACACUUCAUUGAGUCCAUUGGAAAGGAAGAAAAGGAACAGUGCCUGUGAUUUAGCUGAACACCCCUCAGAAUGAAGUGAGCCCUUAGUGUGCUUGAGGAGCGAGCAAGAGCCAUGUGACACCAGGGCUUUCCGUCAUUCACGCACAUGGUAGCAAAGCUUCCCUCAAAGGGCCCUGUGUUUGCUGCCCCUGUGACCAACGCCCUCUUCAAAGGCACUGACCCUCCGGGACCAGUCGGCUCUUAGCCCAGAACACGGACAACCAGGGAAGCAAUCCCGUACCCAGAGUCCCCCCGAAAACAGGCCUCCCUGCCCUUCCCCUGGAGGCUGAGGCACCCUGGCCCAGCCUUCUGCAUCUUUACUCUUUCCUUUCCCACUGCCCAAGGCCUCUUUAGACAGCAUGGAUUUGUGUUUUCAAAACACAAAUGUGUUUAUCUGUAUUUACCUACAACCAACACUCCAUAUAGGACUGAAGCACAUUGGGAAGGAGAACUAUUCAUUAAACACACACACACUCAGAUUUUAUUGACUAGAAAUUAAUGUUCCCCAAAAGGAAAUUACAGUCUUAGUAGUUUGACCUUCAUUCUCGAAAUGAUUAAAUUGGACUAAUUUCCAGUAUUAAAUUUCAAUCCAUUUAGCCAGAAGAAAAGCAUCCAUAGCGGCCGGCUGUGGUGCAGCAAGAGUAAAUGGCAUGCUAUGAAAUUUAGUUCUAGCUUUUUUUAAAAGCAGAUUUUCCAGUGAGCUGUGUCCAGAAAGCAUGUAGGAAGGAAGACAAGUUUAUCAUUUCCUGUCUGGAAGAAGUGAGAUGACAAGUGUUGCGUUGGUGUCAGGCUGCCUGCCACCCAAGACUUGGCAGAUGUAGCUGAUACAGUUUUGUGCAGAUGGAAAUAUAACACGGUGAAUCUUCAGAAAAUCUAACUAUUAAAGAAACUGACUAUUAAGUAGAUACCUCAUAGCAACACUAGUAACUGUACACUGAAAAUCUGUAACUCCUAAAAGAGCAGUGUUUCCACUGCGUCCUCUGUUACCUGGCUUACAUUUUUUGACUUAUCGAAGAAAAUCAGUUCCAAGAAAAACUGAUAUUAAAAACGAUGAGUUCAUUUAAAAUGUUGGUUAGUUCCUUGAUUUGAAAAGAACACUCUAAAUUAUCAGACAGUGAUAAGAAUGUGACAGAUGACUUAAGGACAGAGCAUGUGCAAUGAGGGCCAGUUAAGGGCGAUUAAAAACAAUAGUCAAAUGCAAAAGUAGUGACACAUAACAUCAAGAUAUUCUAUCAGGCAAGCUCAUAUGGGGUGGGAAGAAAUUGGCCAUUAGCCCUAAAGCAAUGAGAAUUUGAGAGUACACCUCUAAGUUAUAAACCCUAAUAACAGAAUUUUAUACUUUAUCCCAUCUACAGAACCUAUAGCAAGGCAUUGCCUACCUUAGGUACUAAAUAUCUUUCAAUUUUAUUGGAUAUCUGUAAUGGAAUUUAAAGAUAGGCAGCUGAUAGCCUAAGCUUGACUGUAGUGGAGAGCUCUUGGGUCUAGAAGCUGGGUGAAGACGGUCUCUUAUGCUAAGAGGAACAGAAUGCAGGUAAUAAAGCAAUAAGUGAACACAGCCACUUUUUCUAUGUGUCAUUGUCCUAGAGAUUUCAAUGAUAUUUUAAAAGAAGACGCCAGAAGCUGAGCAGGCCUGUCUAAUGGCUGUAUACAUUAUCCAUACGUUUAGAAAAAUAACAUUGCUGAAGUAUCCAAAACAGGUACGUACCUUGUCUUUUCAGAGACCUGCUGCGUGGUUGUGAUUUAUAAUAAGUACAUAUUUUCUGGCACAGAGCUCCCCAAACCCUUGGAAUGCCCUAAGCAGUGAGAGUGAUAAAGGUGUCUGUUGCUGUUAGUGAUGACUUUGGGAACUCAGCUAAGGAUGGCGGCUGGUUGCCAACGGAGCCAACGAUGUGAUGAGAGGGUUGGACCUUUCAGCCUCACCCCUGACCUCUGGGGAGGAGAGAGGGGCUGGAGGUUGAAUCAGUUGCCAGUGGCCAAUGAUUGUAUGAUGCCUGUGUAAUGAACCCCCCCCCCCAAAAAAAAACCCAAAAGGAUAGGGUUCAGAGAGCUUUGGGUUGGGGAGUACGUGGAGAUGUUGCAAAAUGGCGCAUGCGGAGAGCACAUAGAAGGGCCCCCCCUUUCGCCAUGCCUUGCCUCAUGCUUUUCCAUCUGGCUGUUCUGAGUCAUAUCUUUUUACAAUAAACCAGUGAUCUAGAAA